AAACGGGGCGUGUACUCCAAAAUUGGGCAGAUCCUCCAAAUUGGGGCAGGGUCACUUUUCAUAAAGACUUUCAACAUUUGCUGUCUUCAGCCAAUUGUUACUGACUUACCUUUCCAAACAAAACUUAAUAAAUUGAACAUCGUUUCUAGUUAAUCUAAAAUAAAAUAUGCUUUAUAAAUAAAUGUUCACCAUGAGAGCAGAGCCCAGGUAGGUUUAGGGGUUAGCAUUUUUUGUGGCAUAGGAAACACAUUGACUGACACAAAUAAUCAAAUCUUCUGAACCAGCUGUAGGACUAAUAGAGUGCCGAAGUUAUCGCGUGUUUUUGUAGGAAGUCAUGCCCUAAUUUCAGAGCUCCCCCACUCCGUUUGGGAGUCCCCGCCCCUAAAUGAAGAUCUCCGGUCUGCAGAUACCCUUCUCGCUCGCUUCGCUUGAUGCUUCAGUGUGAGUUCUGCAGUGGCAGGAGCAGCACGUCAGUGACAGCGAUGCUUCCGGGAGCACGUUUCACGUCAAUACUGUUAGCAUGCAUUUUUACUCUUGGGAGGUGUUCGUCUGCGACAUGUAAAGGAUGCCCUAAAAAUCAGGAAAUACAGUGUGAGAGCCUGCGCUCGUCCCAUGGAUACACAUACACGGUGCCACCGGGAAUCCUAUAUGAAAACUGCGAACAAGGAUGGUACUAUCAGAAUGGAACGUUUAUUGUCGACUCCGCUCCGAAUGGCGAUGGAAACAGGUUACCGGUUGUAGUGGCUGUUACGCCUCACAAUCUGACAGUCCGUGUCUGCGAGAACCUCCGGUGGGAACUUGACUGUGGCGAGUGUCGCUGUUGUAUCAAUUAUACAAAUUUGAAACAUUCAGCAGCAAUUGACCCCCUGCCAAGAAAUAAUACAACCGGGGAUGAAAAAGAUGGCAACGAUUUACCUGGCUGGGGGAUAGGUUUAAUCAUAAUCCUGGGUACUGUAGCUGUUUCUGCAUUUAUUUUUUUCAUUGGAAAAAGGGCAAAAUGCUUCUAUAAACCAAACACUGCACUUUAGUGGCGAUGAUUUGUGCCUUCAAGCAAAUCACCUCAGGUUGCAACAGAGGGACUGUGCUUGGAUUACAGUACAUGUUAUAUAAGCCACUUUGGUAAAAAAAAAAAAAAAAAAAUGCAUUACCAAAAUAAUCACUAUCAUACUUUCUUUCUUUUUUUUAUUUCUUUUUCUUUAUUUUCACAAACAUUGCAGUUUUAUAAGUUUUUAGCGUCUAUAUAACUUUUAUGGAUUGUAGAGCUUUGUGUGUGCUUUUUAAUCCAGUGUAAACUUAAAUUUGUCUGGUGCUUACAUGACAUAUAGGACUAUAGAGGACACGGACCAUGAAAUUAAGAAAAAUUGCAUAAUCUAAAACAAAUAUUAAUAAUAACGAUGAAUUAGAUUUUUAUAUAUAUUUGUAUUAUAUAUAUAUAUGUAUAUAUACCAUAUACAUAAAUUUAUACAUAAAAAGUGUGUGUAUAUAUAAAUAUAUAUUUAUAUAUAUGAUUAUUAUGAUUUUCCUUAAACGUGAAUCAAUGAUGAUACUUAAUAUAACAGAGAUCUUUCUGAGUAGUAUAAGUGAAGAAACUGAAGUCUUUCAGAAGGGGGCGUGUUUGUAUUAUUUAUAUUCUUGAAUUACCAUUUUUUUAAUACUUUUAUAAAGCUCAUUAACUAUAUAUAAAUCUAGCAUGGCACACAGAUCUAUAUUUACUUUGGAUAAUGUUUAGACUGUAAACACCACUUCACUGCCCAAAGCCACGUUCACACUGACAUCAUUUCUGGAGAUUGUUUCUUCUCUUGUAGGUGAUCGUAAUGUUCUCUUGUAUCCUGUAUCAUGACAUUGGUAAUCAAUUCAUAAAUUUCUGUUUAUUUGCAUGAAGUUUUCAUCAGAAAUUGCAAUCGUGAUAAAAAUGAAUAAUGUCUGUUUUGUCAGUGUGAACCCUCUCUAAAAUCUUUGUGGAGCAAAGUAUCUGUACAACCAGGGCAAGUAUUUAAGUUGCCGCUGUGGAAGCACAAUGCAAUGAAAUGCUGUGCCAGUGAGUACACACAUCUAAUGGAUUACUAGUUUAAUCAAAAGAAAACUUAUCAAAAGGGUACAGUAAACUGGGAUAGUAAACUCAUUUUUACAUUGUCUGCUCCUAAGCUGUGCAUUCUUACCUUAAGGUAUAGAUAAAGCACAAAAUAACUUUUGAAGAUUCUGCCAUUGACCUUUUUUACUUUUUUCCAUAAAAAAGUAUGUUGACAGUAUGUAUACACAGAACUAAUCAAAUUGGUUUUAUUGCUGUGUGCCAAGCUAUAUAUGACAAAUUACUCUUUAUUUUGAAUACUAUUGAUUUGUCUAUACUGACUAUCAUUCCUUAUAAAUAAAGGAUGCUGUUACACUUUCCAUCAGUUUAACAGAAAAGGCUUAAGCCUAGUCCUAGACUAAAAUGUAAGUCUGAUCUGUUUCAACUAAAAUGUGCCGUGACUGAUCCUAUCAGUGCCUUUUUAUCUCGAGAUGCACACCAUUAAUGUUUUUUUGUUUGUUUGCACAUUUAUAAAAAAAAAAUGCUUAUGUCCUAUUUGAACUAUGGUCUAAUCCUGGCUUAGUUCAACGUCAUAUUGUGUGUAAUAAUAUGAUAUUGAUAAAUAAGUUUAGUGUCAGCUGUCAUUGUAUUGUGAGAUUAAAUUUCCACUUGUAGAGAAUUAUGCAAAUUGUAUAAUAUUUCUGUAAUUAGCUGUGUAAGCAUUAAUGCGUCAAUGUAUUUUUAUACAUUACUUUUCAUAAUUUCAUAUUUUUCAUAUUUUGUUAUUCAACCUUUUCAAUCUUUUUUUUCUCCCUUGCUAUCUAGCCAUCUAUCUUGUUGGAUGGCUUUCUGAUAAUAAAAUUUGAUAAGACCUUCAA